UCUCGAUUGUUAUUGAUUGUUAUGGUUAGUUGCCAAUUUGGUUGAAGUUGUCAUUUUUUAUGUCAGUGUUCUGUUUUGUGUAGAUAAUUUUAUAAUAUUUUAUUUCUCUGCGAAAUGAAUGACAGUACAAAAAAUGGAUUCUUAGAAAUUACUUCAAACUCCAUACUACAGCAGCACUUAGAAGCACAGUCACACCAGAAGAUGAAGCUGAACGAACCUCAAUCAAACUACAGCCUAAAAGUGCCACAAAUACACCAUACCCAAGAAGCCUUCACGAUGGUUCCAGAUGAUGGUUUAGGCUACGAUGAUGGCGUCAGAGUUCUCCGUGCUAUUGGAACUUGGGCUCCUGAUUACCCUAAUGGAUCAAGCACAUAUCAACCAGAGAGUAUUUACCCUGAUAUCAACAAGAAAAUGCCACCCCAGACCAGUUCAGUACCAGUACAACAGUUUCAGAUGAGUUCUCCGAAGCCCAAACCUAAAGUUGAGAACAACAAUAAAAGCUUUACUUGUACAGAAUGUGGAAAAGGAUUAGCAAGGAAAGAUAAACUUGUAAUACACAUGCGUAUCCACACAGGAGAGAAGCCAUACGUGUGUGAGGUGUGUAAGAAGGCCUUUGCACGACGGGACAAGCUGGUAAUCCAUAUGAACAAACUGAACCACCUGACGCCAUCCAACCUUGCUCCUCUGUCCAAGCGACCCCCUGAUGUCCGACCGCAGACACUGGCCACGGUCAGCCAGCGCAAGGAGAUGAAGGACGAGAGCACAUCCCCUCCUCCACUAGGAGCUCUCAUGGCACCUCAGGCUACCUGGAGUUGCGAGCUCUGCGGCCGUGUGCUGCCCAGCCGAGAGGAAUGGUCGGCCCACACCCGAGCUCACUUGGAGCCCCCUACUCCCUACCCUCCUCCCGAUCAGAGCUACUGUCUCAUGUGCCACCAGGCCUUUCCAGAUCGGGAGCAGUUCAUGUUCCAUCUGCGCACCCACUUCCGCCCAGCUGAUACAACCCAGGUCUGCUCCUAAUCUUCCAACAUCAUCACUCUGUCCCGGUGUGUGUUCGUAGUCUGUGUAAAUUAUUGUAGUACUGUUCACUUUGUGUGUUUAAUCAUUAGACUGAGAGCACGAGACUUUUACACAUCUACUGCUAUUCAGCUAGUCAUUUUAGGUAAUUAAUUAUAUGUUAUGAUUUAAGUGAUUUCCCAUGACUUCUUCAGUGAAACUCAUGGCUGUUCUCAGGUUUUGCUGAACACGAGUGUUAAAAUGUAUAUUUGCAUGUAUUUUUAUUUCUUUUGCAAUGUUAAUUGAAAUUGGUGCCUAAUGGAUUUUGUAUUCAGAUUAAGUACUGCAAUAGUAUCGUGGUAGACUUAUCUAAUUCUCCUUUAUUUUGGUUAUAGCAGAUGAGUAAAACGCGAUUAUUAAGUUUA